CGACCGACCCAAUGUCCCGGUAUCUCUAGCCGGAAGCGCCUUGGUCUGGAUUCUUAAGCAGACGCAUCUGCCCUCGCUCAACUAGCGGUCAAAAACCUACAGGGAGACGAGCAGAGCUUACAUCUAGUGCUUAAGCACUCGUGUCGUUGCUGUAGGAAAGGAUCUGACACCGUUCAGACUCAUGGUCGAACUCGGAUUCCGGGCUUCAGGCUCCGGCCCCAUCCUCCAGAUAUGGCCGAUGGCUGGUGAGCGUACAAUAGCUCUUCACCUCCACAAUCUCACACCGCCCAAAAUGCCAAUUUCCCGGCAUCUCCCUACAUCGACCGUCAAUGAGAUUGUCCGCGACUUGGGCAUAACUCUUCCCCCAUACGGCCCAGCCUUGUUGGCUGAGAAAAUGUUGUGGGAUCUGGAGUACAACAACGUCUACGAGGACAUCUGGCGCGGACAGCAGCUUCCGUUCAUCAAGGAAUCUGUUAAGCGGGAUGACCCACUGAACCGCGUCAAUGUCCGAGUCCCAGAAAAGACCUGGGUUUUCAGUGACAUGCCUUCUGUCAUGGAGGAGAUCUUGAGGAUAGUGAAGGUCCGCCCCUUCAUUCGAAGGGAAUAUGAGGUUGCUCUGUCCGAUAUCUUGGGGGCCAUGGAAACAGGUAGUAUGGCCAUACCCGUUCGAGUUGAGAAGGGUGAAGAGAGUAAGGCGGAGAAGGAAGAGCGAGACGAAGAAGAGGAAGAUGGCGGGGGGCCGAGCGGAGGAGUGGAGGGGGAGGUGGAGGAAGGGCAAGAUGGAGAAGGGCCAGAGGGGGAGAAGGAAGAGCAAGAUGAUGAAGAGCGUGAUGAAGAAGGGCACAUGGACGAAGCUGACGCCUCACUGGAACAGUAUGUUAAUCCAUUUCAUGGGAAGGAGGACUUGGAGUCACGGCUGGCGGGUUUCAUGAUCCUCGGUCACCCUGGCAUAGGGAAAACUAUUUUUCUCUACUACAUCCUUCUUUUACGCUUACAAGCAAAGCAACCAACGAUAUUGGUCACACGACCUAAUUCGGUCACCCUCUUCCUCGAGCAGGGCGUGUUUUCUGUGGCGAUCGAGCAUUUCACCAUUAUCUCCAAACUUAUCCCGGCCUCUGCAUGGUGUCUAGUGGACUCUAGUGACGAGUUAAAAGCCCCCCCCCCCUUUUCUAUCAUCCAGUCUUCAUUCUUCAUUGUCCAAGUGACAUCUGCAAGAUAUAGUCGCAUUGCCUGGAGGAAGAGGACAAUGGAUGUUCACCAAUACUACAUGAAGCCGUUUACGUUAUCUGAACUCAUAGUCGGACGGAAUCGAAAACUCAGACCCUCUGACUCUAUUACUGAAUCCAUGUUGCAAGCUUAUUACAAGGAUUAUACACCAUCCGCACGGACGGCAUAUCAGUAUGCCAACCAUCCCGGCCAUUAUUAUACAAUGGUCAAGGAAAUCGUCCGUCAAAUGAGUUUUGAUUGCCUGAAAAAGCUUGUUGACGGUUUCAGUGACGUGGAUAUUUUGGAUGAGAACACAUCCCACAACAUUGUUACCAUCACAGUCGCCGUUGGAGGUGAACGGAGCGAACCCAGAGUGGAGAUCCCUAGUCGUCACCUUGGCACACUUCUCGUUAAACACCUUAUGGUGUCUGCUGUCCGCUCUGCAGCAUCAUUGUAUUAUAUGUUUACACAGAUCCCAUUCCUCCGGUCAGCAGGGGGGUAUGUUCUCGAUAUUGCUAUGCAUGAAGUUCUCCUCCAUCGCUCCCAUUGGCGGGUCAAAGUACUCACCGCGAAGCCACCGACUGGACAACGAAGAAACUGGCACUGGACGCUAGAUGCAGGUGCUUCCUCUGGUACACUUUGUUUUCCGCGGAGCGGUGGUGUGGAUUUCAUGGAUAGGGAUGCAACUGAGGAAGAACAAGCGGAGAUAUCAGGGCUCACACUGAGAUACCUCCCAAAGCGAGGGGAUGCGGCCCGUGAAUUGGUCGAUGCCAGUCCAUCAUACUAUUUCCGUCCCUUGGACCCCAACGAGGCGACCUUCGACGCUGUGAUAUUCCUAAAGGAAAAGAAAAGGGCCGUGGUGUUUCAAGCAACCGUCAGCAAGAAGCACACAGCAAGUGCUCGAGGCUUCGAAUAUCUCAAGGGUGUGGGGGUUGAGGAGUUGUGGUACAUUACAGUCGUGCCUCCUGGUACGAGUACCACUAUCCCGGUGGCAAAGAAAUGGAAGGAAAAGACAACGAAGGUGUUACAGCUGGAAAUAUCCGACCGUGAUAUUGCUGAAUUGGGGUUGGAUAAACCUAAAUCUAGUGAGCAGUCUGGGUCGGGUUCGGGUCAGAAAACGCUGACCUGACCCGUAUAAACCCGGUAUCUGUGACAUCACCGGGGGUAACUGCCGGGUCACCCGACCCGGAAUAGGUAGAUUAUAUUUUUGGUCGACUCCGCUAAUACAAGCUCAGGUAAACAAUUUAAAGUGUAGCAGUAGUAUGGUUACAUAAUGUCUGGAACCAUUCCGAACUUGUUUUUCUCAUUUUUAGACGAACUGUCGCGAGAGGGCCGAGUGCUUCCAUUUCUUUGCUGUGGAAAGAUGUGUCCGAUUCCGAGUUUUAUAUGUAAAUACAGGUAUACGAAUGCGAGUUGGUGUCAAACUGACCGAAAAACAU